AUGACCAAUAUCGAAGACGUCGCCGCCGAGACGCCAUAUGGAUUGUCUAAUUUUCAUCAGUGGCAGAAGCUGCUAUCUUACGAUCGUCUCACCAGUAUGGAGGUCGGUUUGGCACAGUAUGCUCGCCAUCAGCAGGUACAACGAGCAGAAAGCAAAUUACGCGGCCUUGCCGAUGACCUUGACGCAUGCGGCAGAAGGGAGCAAAGACCAGGCCUUACAGUCUUCUCUAACACCAUGAGGGCUAACCUCGAUCAUAUUGCGACCGCGAACGAAGGCGUGCUGAACAGUAUACCACCUCAGUACCGACGUUCGAGGAAGAGAGCUUCAUUAGUGGAGAAGUUGUCAAGCACGCCUGAACUGCUGGAACUCAUACUUUUGCAGCUACCUAAUCCAGACCUAAUGCGAGCAACGUCCGUCUGCACAAUGUUCCGCGAUAAUAUCCUCUCCUCCGCAAAAGUGCAGCGGAAACUUGGCUUUCGCGAAGACAAGGGUGGCAAGAUCUACUUCCCAACCCAUGACUUCUGGUUCGCCGAGCUGUUCCUUAACACUGAAGCCGUCGAGCCGAAGGAAGGGAGUGAUCCUGACGAUGCCUGGAUACGGAUACAAGUAAUGAUGGACUCUAUACCAUGCAAGCUGGGUAUAGGCAGCAAGUGUCGAUCGAUGUUCAUAUGCCAACCACCGAUCAAGUCGAUUCAAGCAUACACCAGCUGCUGCGCCGGACCACGCUUCUGGCGACAUCGACCCGGCGAUGAGAGGCCGCCUGCUGAGACCAUCACCUCAGGGACAGGUAUCACAGUUGGCGAUAUUGUGGACACGACUGCACGGCUCAAGGAGAGUCAUAAGUUAUGUCCCGAUGCUUCGCCGUUUGAUCACAACUCUGAUACUGGCUAUGUCAAUGCUCAGGUGUCGUUCGAAACGACGAUCAGAGCGAAAGCAGACGAUCCACUGUACGUUAGGCAGCUGCACAGGCUCACAGACGAGAAGAAGAAGCGGCAAGAUAGAUUGCAAAACCAGCAUCGUAUUGAUGCCUAUGCGGCAGCGAAGAGAACGGCUCGUGAUAAUGGCCGUCCGAUCCCAACAAUGGCUGAGUUCGAAGCAGCGACUACCACGAACGCAACAUGA